AUGGAACUAGACUAUGAGAAGAGGUUGGUCUACUCUCCACGGAAACUCGAAGGCCCAGACCGGAUGAUUCCCCCUAGAGCCAGUGCAAAGUGGCAGCUCAACUUCGACGCUAGUCCUCGAGAACAGAAUGAAAAUGUCUACUCGUGCCUCCUUCGCAAUGAGCUGCUGGGCGAAAAUAUCGAGGAUGUCAAACAGUCAACUCUAUCCCAGCGCCUUUUCAACUACCACAAUCGAUACAACAAACACGAUCCCAACCAGGCAUACCAGUUAUCUCCCAUAUCACUACGAAGUCAAAAAUUGCUCAAAUCUCCGCGGAAGCAAACGAGAAAGAUUAGUAAAAUACCUUACAAAGUUCUCGAUGCUCCCGACCUGCAGGAUGAUUUCUACCUCAACCUGGUCGAUUGGAGCUCGACGAAUAUACUCAGCGUUGGUCUAGGAGCUUCGGUUUAUCUAUGGAGUGCAGCUACUUCACAAGUCACAAGAUUGUGUGAUCUCCAAACCGACAACGAUACGGUGACUUCGGUAUCGUGGUCAGAACGUGGAAAUCUGGUGGCCGUAGGGACGAAUAAGGGUCUAGUUCAAGUAUGGGAUGUUUUGGCAACGAAGAAAACCGCGUGUUUCCCCGGCCACAGUGCCAGAGUUGGGGCCCUGGCGUGGAACGGUGAGCUACUGUGUUCGGGCUCUCGGGAUCGAACUGUUUUCGUCCGCGAUAUGCGGCAGCCCCACAAUUCGAACGCCAGGAAGCUCUCGGGCCACAGACAGGAAGUGUGUGGUCUGAAAUGGAGUCCUGAUCAACAACAUCUAGCGAGUGGCGGCAACGACAACCGGUUAUUGGUGUGGACGCUGCAGACGAAUACGCCGUGUCAGACAUACACCGAGCACCAGGCCGCCGUCAAAGCUAUCGCGUGGUCGCCGCACCACCACGGUCUCCUGGCCUCGGGUGGAGGAACUGCGGAUCGAUACAUUCGCUUUUGGAAUACUUUGACAGGACAACCGAUGCAGAGUGUGGACACCGGGAGCCAGGUGUGCAAUCUGGCCUGGAGCAAACACGCAUCGGAGUUGGUUAGCACGCACGGUUACUCUCAAAACCAAAUUGUCGUCUGGAAGUAUCCUAGCCUGACCCCGGUCGCAAAACUCACAGGACAUAGUUAUAGGGUUCUUUAUCUAGCCGUAUCGCCGGAUGGUGAAAGUAUAGUAACUGGUGCCGGUGACGAAACGUUGCGUUUCUGGAACGUUUUCUCAAAAGUACGCUCCACGCGUGAAACCAAGAGUGUAUUGAAUUUGUUCACGGGACUGCGCUGAUAGCCGUGCUCAGACUAUGAUUCGCUGUGACCACACCACAUAGAUGAACAUUGCGUCUAUAUCAAAAUUGUAGAGAAAGGAAGAUAUAUUGAGAGAGAGAGAAAGAGAGGCAAAUAACAGAACGUAGAAACCUAGCACUUAGAUGGAGCGUAAUAUAUAAAUAUAUAUUUCAUAUAUAAUUGAAUUAAAAUCCAUUGGAAUGUUGGAUCUGAGAUCACG